GCUAUAAAAUGAAGGACCGUAGUGAAUCAGGGACGCGGUUUUUAUCUGGAGUUCUCUUUGAGAACUCUCACAUUGUAACUGAAGUCAGUUGAAUGCUUUAAUCACUGUCCUCACACACACACACACAGUCAUUGAAAGAGAGAGGGAGAGAGAUUAAGAGAGCUCUCGCUGCUGCUGUCGGCUGCUUCCCGCUUACUACCACACUGAGAAGCCUUGAGCAGGUAACCGGGCACAGACACGGAGCACAGCCAUGGCAGGAGACGGCACAGACCAGCGGGCGCUGCAGUAUGAACAAACUUUGAUGUAUGGGCGCUACACUCAGGAGCUUGGGGUGUACGCCAAAGAGGAGGCCGCUCGGCUGAGGGAGAGCGGGCAGAGGAGGUCGGUCAGCGAACGAAGUCGGAACCUGGAUCUGCUGGAGUACGACAAGGGACGCUGUGCCAAGUGUCGCAGGUCAGGGUAUCCAUAUGUUCUGCAACCACCAGCCCAGGACUUUCUCUCUGUCUGCACGGUUCGCUGUCAGAAGUUCCUGAUCUCUCGGGUUGGGGAGGACUGGAUCUUCCUCAUCCUGCUGGGACUCGUCAUGGCGCUGGUCAGCUGGGUGGUGGACUUCUGCAUCGCCAUCUGCUUACAAGCACAGAAGUGGAUGUACGGUGGCCUGGACAGUAACGUCUUCCUGCAGUAUUUGGCCUGGGUCACUUAUCCUGUCGUCCUCAUCACCUUCUCUGCCGGUUUUACCCAGAUCCUCGCUCCGCAGGCUGUUGGUUCUGGUAUUCCAGAGAUGAAGACUAUCCUCAGAGGAGUGGUGCUGAAGGAGUACCUCACCUUCAAGACGUUUGUGGCCAAAGUCAUCGGCCUCACCUGUGCUCUGGGCAGUGGCAUGCCCCUGGGCAAGGAGGGUCCAUUUGUACACAUCGCCAGUUUGUGUGCUGCUCUUCUCAGCAAGUUCAUGUCUCUGUUUGGAGGAAUUUACGAGAACGAGUCAAGGAACAUUGAGAUGCUGGCAGCAGCCUGUGCUGUGGGAGUGGGUUGCUGUUUUGCUGCUCCUAUAGGAGGAGUGUUGUUCAGUAUUGAAGUAACGUCCACGUUCUUUGCGGUGAGGAACUAUUGGAGAGGUUUCUUUGCUGCUACCUUCAGUGCCUUCAUCUUCAGAGUCCUUGCUGUUUGGAACAAAGACGAAGAAACCAUCACAGCUCUGUUUAAAACCAAUUUCCGGCUGGACUUCCCCUUUGACCUCCAGGAGCUUCCUGCCUUUGCUGUCAUUGGCAUUGCCAGUGGCUUCGGCGGCGCCUUGUUUGUGUACUUGAACCGACUUAUCGUCCAGUUCAUCCGAAAUCAGAAGGCCAUCAACAAAUUCCUCAUGAAGAAACGACUCCUGUAUCCAGCGCUGGUCACUUUACUUGUUUCCACACUAACAUUUCCACCUGGCUUCGGGCAGUUUAUGGCUGGAAAGCUCACACAGAAGGAGGCUCUGGUGACGCUGCUGGACAACCACACGUGGGCCAAGCAGGGCAUCGCUGAGGAGUUUGACUUCCUCGGAAACGCUCAGGCCUGGAAACACCCGCAGGUCAACGUCUUUGUCACCCUGGUCCUCUUCAUCGUCAUGAAGUUCUGGAUGUCUGCCCUGGCCACCACCAUCCCAGUGCCCUGCGGCGCCUUCAUGCCUGUGUUUGUCAUCGGGGCAGCUUUUGGUCGUCUGGUUGGAGAAAGCAUGGCGGCCUGGUUCCCAGAUGGCAUUCACUCAGAUGGCGCCAUCUACACCAUAGUGCCAGGAGGCUACGCUGUUGUUGGUGCAGCGGCCUUGUCCGGAGCGGUCACCCACACGGUAUCCACGUCGGUCAUAGUGUUUGAGCUGACUGGCCAGAUCUCCCACAUCCUGCCGGUGAUGAUAGCGGUGAUCUUGGCCAACGCUGUGGCCCAGUCCCUGCAGCCUUCCCUCUAUGACUCCAUCAUCAGGAUCAAGAAGCUUCCCUACCUUCCAGAGCUCGGCUGGGGGCACCACGAGAAGUAUAACAUCCGUGUGGAGGACAUCAUGGUGCGGGACGUGCGGUACAUCACUCUCAACUGCUGCUACAGAGAUCUGCAUAACGUCCUGUUGACGGGUCACCUCAAGACCCUGGCACUGGUGGAAUCAGCUGAGUCCAUGAUCCUGCUGGGCUCCAUCGAGCGAGCUCAGCUCCAGUCGCUGCUCUCCCAGCAGCUGGGUCGCCCCAGACGGCUAGAGUUCAUCAGAGAGCGAGCUGCUGCAGAGAAAAAACGCACGUCAGUCAUUUCAAACAGCAUCAGUGAGGAGGAAAACCGCAGGGCCAGUCAGGAGGUCCGCUUCCAGAUCUCCACAGAGGAAUCCUCCUUCAGUCCUACUCGUCCAGUACCUCAGAAACCCCUCAAACCCGCUCUGAAAAGAUCCUCUGUGGUCGAGCGACCCACUGAGCUUCCACCAAAUUCAAAUGAUAAUUCGGGCAUUGCUUUAAAGAACCUGUUCUGUGCCAGUCCAGAGAUGGAGGGCCUGGAGAAAAACAACAACGUGGAGGCCCCCACGUCUCCUGAGCUCAGGAAGCCGCCCAAACGAGUCAGGAUAUCCGUCGUGGAGCCACCAUCCAUCUUAAAGAGUUUCUUUGGGGAUGAUGGAGAUGUAGAAGAUGACAUGACCAUCAGAGAGAUUGCAGAGUGGGAAGAGAAUCAGCUUGAUGAGCAGGUCAACUUCAACAACUGCAAGAUUGACCCGGCCCCAUUCCAACUGGUGGAGCGCACCUCGCUGCAUAAGACACACACCAUCUUUUCCCUGCUGGGCCUCGAUCACGCCUAUGUCACCAGCAUUGGACGCCUCAUCGGGGUGGUUUCCCUCAAAGAACUCCGUAAGGCCAUUGAGGGCUCUGUGACGGUCAAAGGUGUGAAGGUGCGUCCUCCUCUGGCCAGUUUCCGCGACAGUGGCACCAGCAGCAGUGAGAACGAGGCCACGGAGCUUCACAAGCUGUGGGACCGCCACAAAAGCAUGUCGUUACCCCGCGAACCCACGUCCUCUGAGUCUGAAGAGAAAUCCCAGUGAGGGGAUGUGGAGGAGGGGAUGUGGAGGAGGAGAUGGAAGAAGAUGAGCAGGUGGAGGAAGAGGAGGAGAAGUGAGGCAUUACGGUCUUUAAGUCACAAACGUGCAAAAAAAUCCUCAGGGCUUAGGAUCAACAUUUAAUUCUGCUAUGCCAGCCUUCUCAAUACUUUAGUCUCUCUUUCUCCCUUCUCUUCAUGGAUCACCUAGAACGUUCUCCUCAAACCUUGCACUGAUCAAGCCAGACACAACUCAGCCUGUGCCAUGAGUUCAUUUUCCCUUUGGGGAACCUACAGCAGAGUGAAUGUGGAGUAGGGAGGGAGACUGGGAAUGGGCUGACAUUUUUUGACAAAAAGGGAUUUUUUUUUCUCGUGUAUCUUCAGAGUCAAGAUCAAAGUUCUUCUGAUUGAGUCUUUCAGCAGUGACGACGAGGAAGAAGACUGUGUGUGUGUGCACUGCACGUGUGAAUGUAUGAGGUGAGAAACUGAAGGAGGUAGCAAAUAAAUAUUAGUGUUUCCAUUUUUGUUGUUGCCUUUCAAACACAUCUCAGUCAGCCUGAGUAAUGACAUGUGUGACAGAUCAGGCAGUCGGGGUUUUUAACAGUUUUUUAAAUUUAACUCAAUGUCAAGCGUUUUACUCGUACAGGGAUGGAUGCCUUAUAGUUUUCUGUAUUUUCAAGGUUCCAUUAUUCCUGUGCUUCUUGUCUCUGUAGUACAGAAUCCAUAAUCCGUC